GUGGCUCCAACUUAGCAAACAGAGGAGAAUCACAGGCGGGUAGACAUUGAGAUCAUCAGAGUGGACAAAUUUUGUGAAACCAUUGAACACUGAACUCACUUGCAGCCCAAGGAAAGCCAUGCAGGAUGAAGAUGGAUAUGUCACCUUAAAUAUUAAAGCUCAAAAACCAGCUCUGACUUCAGUGGAACCUGCUUCCUCCCCUUUGUGGCGUGUGAUGGCUUUGGCUCUGCUGGUCUUAUGCGUGGGGAUGGUUGUUGGGCUGGUGGCUCUGGGGCUUAUGUCUGUCAUGCAGCAAAACUACCUACAAGCCGAAAAUGAAAAUCUCUCAGGAACUCUGAAAAUGUUAGUAAAGAAGGUCUGCCAAGAUUUAAUACAACUAUCAGGACAAAAGGAAAGUCAUAAGUGCAACCCAUGUGACACACACUGGCGAUACUAUGGAGACAGUUGCUAUGGAUUUUUCAAGCACAACCUGACAUGGGAAGAGAGUAAGAAGUACUGUAUUGACGUAAAUGCUACUCUUGUGAAGAUCACCAGCAAGAGCAUCCUGCAAUAUCUCAAUAGCAGGACUGGAUUAAUUCGUUGGAUUGGAUUGUCCCGCCAGAAAUCCAGUGACGUCUGGAGGUGGGAAGAUGGCUCAGUUCCUUCCGAAACUGUGUUGAAGCUUUCUGGAACUGGAACAGAACAUAUGAAUUGUGCUUAUUUUCAUAAUGGAAAAAUUCACCCUACCUUCUGUGAGAAUAGACAUUACUUAAUGUGUGAAAGGAAAGCAGGCACAGUAAAGGUGGAACAACUACUUUAAUGCAGACAUGGGGCAGAAUGUCACAGAUAAGUGCUUGAUUGGACAAUAAAAGAUCUGGGUGAAGGAACCAUUAGCCGCAGAAUUGCCUAUUUUUCCCUUUUUUUCAGCUUGGAGUCAUUAUCCAUGACUUUGCAUUAUCUAUCCUACCAAACACAUGUAGUUCCUUCUUUAUAUAGCCCUUUAUACUGAGGAACAGGUUAGUGCCUUCUUUAAACAUCCAGAAGCCCGUGUGUGAACCCACCAUUUGUUUCCUAAUUGUUCUGUUUCCAUUAAUUUUCAUUCUCCUUGUCUUCCAUUCCUAAUUAUCACAAGAUAUUCAUACUAUGAUUCACUGCAUCUUCAGACAUAAAUACAUAUAUUUUACAUUGAAACAAGAAAAGUUAGGGCUUCACUGACUUAAGCUAUGCAAAAUAUCUAAGUUUGAAGGACAGUAUAAGGUAAGAGAAAGGAUACUAAACUUGGAAUCAGUAAAAUUAUUUAUUUUUA